GCGAGUGGAAUUAAGAACAUAAUUUGGGUCGGAUCCAACUUGGGAGGACUCCGCAUAACAAAAUUUGGAUCCGGUGUUACGAAUACCAGUCUCCUCUUGUCUACCCUUCAACCGCACCCACCGUCGCGUGCCCUCUUUUAGCACCCCCGCCCCAAAAAAAAUCCAGAGUUGGAGUACGAACGACGAGAGAGAAGCGAAGAAGCGAUGUUCUUCCACAUAACGCUGGAGCGGAACAUGCAGCUCCAUCCGCGGCAUUUCGGGCCCCACCUACGCGACAAGCUCGUCGCCAAGCUCAUGAAGGAUGUCGAGGGCACUUGCAGCGGUCGGCAUGGCUUCGUGGUGGCCAUCACGAACGUGGAGGACAUCGGGAAGGGCCUCAUCCGGGAGGGCACCGGCUUCGUCACGUUCCCCGUCAAGUACCAGUGCGUCGCCUUCCGCCCCUUCAAAGGGGAGAUCCUCGAAGCCGUCGUCACCAUGGUCAAUAAGAUGGGCUUCUUCGCGGAGGCUGGGCCGGUGCAGAUCUUCGUUUCGAAUCAUUUGAUUCCGGAUGAUAUGGAGUUCCAGUCUGGUGACAUGCCAAACUACACGACAUCCGAUGGAUCGGUCAAAAUUCAAAAAGACAGUGAGGUGCGGCUGAAGAUUAUUGGUACUCGUGUUGAUGCAACAGAAAUUUUCUGCAUUGGUACCAUAAAGGAUGAUUUCUUGGGUGUGAUCAAUGAUCCAGGUGCAGCAGCUUAGUUACAUGGCUGAGAGAAACAUGACAUCAAAGAUACGAUGGGGUGUGCAUGUACACUAUUUACAGUCAAAUGCAGUGUAGUUUCAUGGUCAUUGUUACUGCAUAAAACUGGCAAGAUCUAUAACCCCCUUGUGGUGUAAAAUAUCGUUGGUAAGAUAUUUGUUAGAGCUUUUAUACUUUCGUGCACAUGAUUUUCCUUGUGAUGUUGCAUUUAUUU